GUCAGGUGUUUAUUGUGUUCGAAGGAGUUGGGGUACAAUAACAACACCUCAUACAUGCUAAGGCAUUACCGUGCCUUGCAUGAGAAUAAGGAGGAAACUAGAGCUUCAUCUUGUCAAGCCAUCAGAAAGCAGGAGCUAGAUGAAUCCCUUGUCUCCAUGAUAGUGAAGGACACACAGCCCUUCAGUAUUGUGGAAGAUGUUGGAUUCAGGGCAAUUGUGUCCAAACUGGAUCCCAAUUAUGUUCUCCCUACAAGGCAGGCUCUGAAGGCCAUGGUGGAGGCCAAGUAUGAGUCAGCAAAGGAGAAGGCUAAGGCUAAAGUAGAAAAGGUGGCUGCCGUUAGCCUGACUUCUGACAUGUGGACAUCCAUCAACAUGGAUGCCUACCUGGCUGUAACCUGCCAUUUUGUGGGUGAGAAUACCGGACUCAGCUCAGUGCUAUUGGGAGUGCAAGCAUUCUCCCAAUCACACACUGCUGAAAAUAUAGCUUGUGUGAAAGCCUCACUGAUGGAGGAAUGGGGAAUCACUAAUAAGGUGACAUGUAUGGUCACUGAUGGUGCUCCCAAUACGGUUGCGUGUGUGAGCAAGUUGAAGCUUCGGCAUCAUAUUUGCAUAGCUGUCAUGAUGCCUGUAGUAUCUGUCUCCCUGUGUGAUCUCCCCCUCCCCUACCUGUCUGCUUGGAGCUGGGCAGAGUUCCUGACUCCUCCUGCACGCACCUGGAGCGCAUCAGCGCAAUUACCUCCACCUGCUGCCGAGUAUUUGAGGGCUCGGCAGAAGACACUUGAGGCCAGACCGUCUGCGUAUUCCUGCUUGUCUUCACCCUGUUUCCAGGACCGUCUCGGACCAGACGCUCAGGCCAGACCGUCCGCGUGUCAACAUCCCUGCUCUCACUCGUUCCUGCUCCUGCCUCUGCGCUCCAGCUCUGGUACAGUCACCCCUCUGUCUUGCCUCCUGUUCCGUCUCGGUCUCUGGCUGCUUCUCGUCUCCUGCCCUGGCUCCCGCUCUCUGGACUACGCCGGCCCGGCCUGCCCCGUUCUCGUCUCGAUCCUGUCUUCGCUCUGGUCCUGGCUUUCCCCGCUCUGCACUAUGCCCGUCUGGUCUGCCUCCCGCUCCCUGGCUCCCUGUGUGUGUUAAAUAAAACUAUUAAAACCUGAAAUUCACCACUUUGUAAAUAAACACUGUCAACUUGCCCCGGGUCCGCACCUGCACUAGCCGUUACGACAAUAGCACACACGCUAAACUUGAUUGUAAAGAAGGCACUUGACCAGAACCUGUUCAACGAAGCUGGUUGGCUUCUUUAGAAGCAGCACCACUGCUAAAGUAUGGUCAUUCCUUUUAUUCCAAUUUAUAAUAACACUAAUAGUUUGUCUGUGCUCCUACUGCAGUGAUUUAAUGUCCUACUCAUCUGUAUCUUUAAAGAAGAAGCUUACACAAGUGCAGCUCCAUCUGGGAAUGGUAAACAUGAAGCUGAUGCAAGAAGUGGAGACCAGAUGGAACAGCACAUAUUUGAUGCUGCAAUGUUUGGAGUUAAGAGAGCCCGUGGGAGCAGCAUUAGUUGGGCUGCAACAUGACAUCCCCAUGAUCACUUCAGAUGAGUUCAACAUUGUUGGAGGGUGCCUUUCUUUGCUGUCUCCCUUUUAUGAUGCCACUGUUGAGCUAUCAGCUGAGGAAAAUGUGUCUGUCUCGAAAGUUGUCCCCCUAAUGAAAAUGCUGGAGCAAAACCUUCAGGAGGAAAUGGGAAAGCCGUCACCUGCAGUGGUAUUGGAAAUGGGAGACCAGCUCAUCACGAGAAGCUUUAUACUUUGCAGUCGAUGAGCAUUGUGUCCCUUGCAACACUCCUGGACCCUCGAUUCAAAGUUAUUGGAUUUUUCAGUCCAACAAAGGCCACUGAAGCUAUAAAACGACUGAUCUCAGAGUGCGCUACAAUUCUAAGGGAACAACAAAGUGGAGAAGAAAUCCCCCAGGCUUCUACCUCUCAUGAUGUCACUGCAGGUAGAAACUAUGGCAUCGUCUAGACACCAGUGUCUUGGGGGCAAGGAGGUCUCAAAAUGUGACUGCAGAUGCCACUGUGGAGGCCCAGCGGUACCUUUCAGAGCCCAAUAUUGGAAGACUAGAAAACCCUUUGGAGUACUGAGAAAGGCAAAAACUGAUCUACCCAAAUUUAUACAAACUUCCAUUUUUGUGCACACCGGCAUGAGGAGAGGUUGUUUCAAAAACAAGAAAUCGUUUAAAACCAAAAACUAACAUAAAAAUGAAUAAAAUUUCCCCUGUCCAGUACAUCAUUGUCCAAGUUACACAAGCAUUAUCUAUGCCUCCUUUCCCUUGUUCCACAAGCACUUUCACUGUCCUCUCUGAUUACGCCCCUUGCCAUUUUCAGAAAAACAGCUUUACCUGCAAUAUUUGGGAAAAUGUAUACACACAGAACACAUAUAAACUUAUUAUACACAUGUGAUAAUAUAUGGACACAAAUGAUUUGGUCAUACAUUCUUUGUCAUUCAUAGUGAUCCCCAACAUACAUAACAAAAACAUUUAAUGCAUCACACAUUAUGUGGUUCAGAUAAAGCCGCCUGUGAUUGCACACUUGGCCAGUAGGUGGGUUCAUAAGCACAUGAAGCUUUGCGAAAUGAACCCUUUCUCGAACCAGUUGGCUCAAGUGGUUCAAUGCUUCAUGAGGCUUCAUCUCACCAUGACUACCUUUACCUUUAACAUGUUUUUCUAUAGUUUUCUUUCUAAUCUCUUGAGACAAUUCUUUCCUUUCUUUCCUCUGGUCCAUGUGUGGUACACACCAUGUCGCCAAACAGCACAGUGAUGACCUGUAGCUCUAUAUGUAGGCCCACUGACUGAUUGUAAGAUUGUAGACACCUGUGAUGCAAAUUAGUGGACACACCUUGGAUUAACAUGUCCCUUUGGCCACAUUAUUUUCAGUCUUUUCUAGGGGUACCAUCAUUUUUGUCCAGGCCUGUUUCAUGAGUUAAUUUUUUGAAGUAAUUUUGUUGAAGCAUGGUAGAAAGGCAAAGUCUGACUUGCAUUGGUUAAAUUUCAUAGAAUUUUAAUUUAUUACUACUUUUGUUAGAUUCAAGUUAUUUCUGUGACCAUUGUGAGUUAUUCUUUCAUUAACCGAAGGGUACCAACAAUUUUGUCCACGUUUGUAUCUAUUGAAUGUUGUAUUGCUAUACUGACGUCUCCAGUGUGUCCCUGUGUUUUUGUGUGCAGGAGCUGUCGUCCUUCAGCCUGCAGAGGACAGAGGACGGGGCUGUCCACAUGGAAACGGGAAAGGGCAAGUGUCCCUUUGACCCCAGCCAGCCCUACACGGCUGUUAUGGCAGGAGGCACCUUGUACACCGCAGCCACCAGUAACUUCCUGGGGACUCUGUUUGACAUCUCCAGAGCCACAGGGCCUGAGGAGAACCGCAUCCGCAUGGAGCAGUCUAUCAACUGGCUCAACGACCCAGAGUUUGUAAGCUCAGCAUUCAUCGAGCAGUCACCCAACAAUAAUCCCCGCGGAGACGAUGACAAGAUCUACUUCUUCUUCACUGAGGUGGCCAAGGAGUAUGAGCUCUACACCAAGGUCAAGGUGCCCCGUGUGGCUCGGGUCUGCAAGUCAGACGUGGGGGGCAUGAAGACCCUGCAGAGACGUUGGACCACCUUCCUGAAGGCCCAGCUGGUGUGUGAGGACAAGCCCAGUGGACAGCGCUACAAUGUCCUCACAGAUGUCUUCACCACAGAGCAUGUCCCCGGAGACCCCAGCAGCACGCACUUCUACGGCCUCUUUUCCUCUCAGUGGGAGGGUGCAGACGUGUCGGCCGUGUGCGUCUUCAGUCUGUUGGAUAUUAAUAAAGUCCUGGACGGUCCUUUCAAAGAGCUCAAGAAGUGUGAUAACUGGAACCUCCAGCCAGUACCAACCCCACGGCCCGGACAGUGUCUGGACAGUGAGCUCCGGGCAGCGGGCUUCGACACCUCUCUCAAACUUCCUGACAAAGUGCUGACAUUUGUGAGGGACCACCCCCUGAUGGAGAACAGCGUGACUGCAGCUCCACUGCUGGUGCGGAAGGGCAUAAGAUACACCAAACUGGCUGUGAGCUUGGUACAUAGACAGGGGCAGACCAGGAGGGCUCUGCUGCACAUCGGGACAGACCGCGGGGAGCUCCACAGGGUGGCAGUAGUGGCUCAGAAUGCCACUCUACUCCAAGAGAUUCCUCUGUUCAACCCUUCAGAGCCCCUUAAUAACAUCCUGCUGCACAAGGACCGUGUUGUCGUGGGUGGUCCUUAUUCUGUGGCUCUGCUCCGGUCGGAGGGCUGUGGACUGUACCACAACUGCCAGGAGUGUGCCCGAGCCCGUGGCCUGGGGUGUGAGUGGAGUGCCUCCGAGAGCACCUGUGCACCCUCCAGCUCACUGCCCGAGGUUGGAGACAUGAUUGAUGAGGCCCUGAGGAGGUGUGAUGCACAUCAAGGCCGGUGCUCUCCCUCCCUCACAGAGAAGCGGGUGGUCCUGGGUCUCCAGGUGUUGCUGCCCUGUGUGCAGCUGUCCCCUCGACCCUGCUCCUGGGAGCACCCCCCUCACCGCCUCACCCGCCAGCACCACUCAGACCUUGAGGUGACAGUGAGCGAGGAGAGCCUGGGCACCUACAUCUGCACCUGCCAGGAAGCAGGGCCUGGAGUUACCGAGCCCACCCCGUGUCGCAGAGUGGCCUAUCAGCUGACACUGGCAGACCCUACCAUUGGAGGAACUGUGGCAAUGGCGGGCGGUCGUCACGUGCUGGCCAUCUAUAUCCUGGUCUUUGUGGUGGGCGUGGUCUGUGGUGCAGUGGUACUGUGGUUUGCAUCUCGAAGGCCAGGCAGUCCCAGGCGGGCCGGGCCCCUGCCAGAUUCCUCUCUGUCGGAGAAGGGCCGUGAGCUCCUUGGUUCCUCUGCCACGCCACAGUCCCCCAGCAGCACCAGCCUCUUCUCUGAGGGCUUCCACCUGACAGAGAAACGCAACGGCACCGCCCCAUCCACCACCAGCACCACACUGCUCAGUAACCAUGGCAAUGGCACUCACCACGGCAACAGCUGCAUAAACAACGGUAAUGGAAAUGGGAUAUACGCAAACUGCAACUCCAGCAGCAGCCGCCUCAGACUGGGCUCCAGUCUCUCCACCACAGAACUCAUGGACUCAAGGACGGGCCAGGGCGAAAUGUCUGAAGGGGGUGUGAGAAAGGCCAGGGAGGGCAACGAGGAGGAGCCCGCUUUAGGGGGCGCUUGCACAGACUCUCUGGGGGGUGGUUUCACAGAUGGAUUGGACUUGGAUCUCAGCCUGCCCAUGUUUAAAUCCACAGCUCCAUUGGCCAAGUGUGAGGAGAGCUCCAUAUGAUCCUACAGGAAUAGACUAUUUAUACUUCUCCCUCGGGAGGGAAAAAGACUGACCUGAUGUGCCUGCCCCUACAGGGAAUGUGUAAGGCAGAUAUAAGCGGGCACUGAGAUGAUGUGGUUGGGGCUCACAGAUGAUGUAGGUGGGCACACAGCAGACACCCAAAGGCUUGUGGGUGGGGCUCAUCUUUGAGCUACACACACUGUGGGGGAAGUAGGCCUAUGUAAGGCAGGAUAGGACAGUUAAAGCCAUAAUACUAUGUGUUUGUCUCCAUGUGGCACUCUUCUUCAAACCAGAGGCAACCAGCUGUCCCGCAACAGGCACCCACGCCUUGGACUCACCUACUCAGAGCCUGGUAUCCCAUUGCAGCGUGUCACCCUGGGUGCACCACCUGUACUGUUUUAGAACUUUAGCAGUACUGGAUCAGUCCUAGAACAGCCCUGUAUGAGACAGGUCUCACACUGGGCUCAGACUGGCAGUGGGUUUGCAGAGGAGAAGGCUGCUCCGUGGGUUCACCUCCUUUUCACUUUGACCUCUCACACCAAAUGUUGAGUCACAUGCUUUACCCUUUUGAUAAUAAAGAUUCAAAUAUGG